ACACUGAAACCAUCUUCUUGAGUCCUUAAAAAACCACUUUUCUCUUUCCCGAUAAAGCUCCAAAAUUGCAUCACUUUCUUCUUCUAGCUCCUCUUCAAGUUUUCCUUUUCCAUCCCAUAAUUUUCCAAUUGAAGAACACCUUGUGGAAGAACAGUUUGAGAAAGAACCCUAGUGAGUUUUGACUUUGUUUGAAAAACAUGGGUAGAGGAAAGAUCGUGAUUCGAAGGAUUGACAAUUCCACUAGCCGGCAAGUGACGUUUUCCAAGAGAAGAAGUGGGUUGGUGAAGAAAGCUAGAGAACUGUCUAUUCUCUGUGAUGCAGAAGUUGGAUUGAUUGUGUUCUCCAGCACUGCCAAGCUUUAUGACUAUGCCAGUUCAAGCUUGAAAUCUGUUAUUGAUCGCUAUAACAAGGUCAAAGAGGACCAUCAUCAGUUAAUGAACCCUGCUUCAGAAAUCAAGUUUUGGCAGAGAGAAGUAGCAAGUUUGAGGCAACAAGUGCAGUACAUGCAAGAAUGUUACAGGCAAAUGAUGGGCGAACAACUUUCUGGUUUGCAUAUUAAGGAGUUGGGGAAUCUGGAAAAUCGACUGGAGAGAAGUUUGAAGGGUGUUCGCAUGAAAAAGGUAUCAUCCUUCAAAGUCAAAGCAAACCAAAACUAGCUCAUCGAUCCAUU